AUAGAUUUAAAAAACUUUGUAUAAUAGACGUCUCUACAUUGUACAGAUCGGUACACAGAUUCUGUAUAAAACGGUUUACUUGUAAAAUAUGAAAUAUAUUUUAGUAACUGGCGGUGUGAUCAGUGGAGUCGGCAAAGGUGUUAUUGCGAGUUCCUUUGGAACAAUCCUUAAACAUUGCGGCAUUCAUGUAACAUCUAUCAAGAUAGAUCCUUACAUAAAUAUUGAUGCCGGGACUUUCUCUCCGUACGAGCAUGGAGAAGUAUAUGUAUUAGAUGAUGGUGGAGAAGUAGAUCUUGAUUUAGGCAAUUAUGAACGUUUCUUGGACAUUACCCUACAUAAAGACAACAAUAUUACAACAGGAAAAAUUUACCAACAUGUAAUUUCAAAGGAGAGACAUGGUGAUUACUUAGGAAAAACUGUUCAAGUAGUACCACACAUAACAGAUGCUAUUCAAGAAUGGGUUGAAAGAGUGGCAAGCCAAUCGGUAACAAAGGAUGGUGACAAGCCAGAUGUAAUUUCCUGUUUAUAUAUAGUAUAAAAAAAAAAAUCUAUAGGGGAUAUUGAAGGAAUGCCAUUUGUAGAAGCUUUUAGACAAUUCCAAUUUAGAGUUAAAAAGGAAAACUUUUGCUGUGCGCAUGUUUCUUUAGUACCACAACCAAAAUCUACAGGGGAACCAAAAACAAAACCAACUCAAUCUAGUGUAAGAGAACUACGGGGAUUAGGUUUGUCUCCUGAUCUUAUAGUUUGUAGAUCUGAAAAACCAAUAGGUGACUCUGUAAAAGAGAAAAUUUCAAAUUUUUGUCACGUUGCACCUGAACAGGUCAUAACUGUACAUGAUUUAUCAUCUAUAUAUCGCGUUCCGUUAUUAAUGGAAUCUCAAGGUGUGAUUGAAUAUUUAAACGAUAGACUACAAUUAAGUAUCGGAAUGCCACGCCCACGAUAUUUUAUGCGAAAAUGGAAAAAUUUAGCAGAUCGUAGUGAUUAUUUGCGAAAAGACGUAAAUAUAGCGUUAGUUGGAAAAUAUACAAAAUUAGAAGAUUCGUAUGCAUCAGUCACAAAAGCAUUGCAACAUGCUUGUCUUGAAGUUGGCUACAAACUCAAUUUAAAAUACAUAGAAGCUGAUAAUUUACAACAAAGUACAAAAGCAACAGAUCCUGUAUUGUAUCAUGAAGCUUGGCAACAACUUUGUAAAAGCAAUGGUGUUAUAGUACCUGGUGGAUUUGGUAAACGAGGUAUGCAAGGGAAGAUGCAGGCAUGUAAAUGGUGUAGAACAAACAAUAAACCAUAUUUGGGUAUUUGUUUGGGAUUACAAGUGGCGGUCAUUGAAUUUGCGAGAAACGUAUUGGGCAUAGAAAAUGCGAAUAGCGUGGAAAUUGAUCCAGACACUGAUCAGCCUGUCAUUAUAGACAUGCCUGAAUAUAAUCCAGGUCAAAUGGGUGGAACCAUGAGGCUGGGAAAACGAUGUACUCAAUUUACAAAUGAGAACUCUAUCAUUAAACAAUUAUAUGGUAAUAAGGAUUGCAUAGAAGAGAGGCAUAGGCAUCGGUAUGAAAUUAAUCCAAAGUAUAUUACUGAUUUAGAAAAAGCUGGAUUAAAGUUUGUAGGUCAUGAUGAAGAUAAGUUACGUAUGGAAAUAGCGGAACUAGAAGGGCACAAUUAUUAUGUUGCUACUCAGUUUCACCCGGAAUAUCUGUCUAGGCCAUUGAAACCUUCACCUCCGUUCUUAGGGUUAAUUUUAGCUAGCGUUGGUAAAUUAAAAUCCUUCUUAGCUAGAGGUUGCAGACUUUCGCCUCAAGAGGUCAGCGAUAAUGAAUCAGGUAAUAAAACGCAAUGA